CCGGUGCCGGCGGAGGGGAGUUUCCAGGAAGUGGCCAUAUUGGAUCCAUUCAGCCGCAGCCACUCGGGGCGGGCAGAGUCCCGCGCUGUGCUCAGCUCCGGCCAUGGCCGCCACCGACCUGGAGCGCUUCUCGAAUGAAGAGAAGAGGAACCUCUCCCUUGGGGGCCAUGUUGGCUUUGACAGUCUCCCGGAUCAGCUGGUCAGCAAGUCUGUCACACAGGGCUUCAGCUUCAACAUCCUCUGUGUGGGUGAGACUGGCAUUGGGAAAUCCACGCUAAUGAACACGCUUUUCAAUACCACGUUUGAGACUGAAGAAGCCAGCCACUAUGAGAGCACGGUUCGCUUGCGGCCACGGACCUAUGACCUGCAGGAGAGCAACGUCCACCUGAAAUUGACCAUUGUGGACACGGUUGGAUUUGGGGAUCAGAUCAAUAAAGACGAAAGUUACAGGCCGAUAGUUGAGUACAUUGAUACGCAGUUUGAAGCCUAUUUGCAAGAAGAGCUGAAAAUCCGCCGUUCUCUGUUCAACUAUCAUGACACGAGGAUCCAUGUCUGCCUCUACUUCAUCACUCCCACUGGGCACUCCCUCAAGUCUUUGGACCUGGUGACAAUGAAGAAGCUGGACAGCAAGGUGAACAUUAUCCCGAUCAUUGCCAAAGCAGACACCAUCUCCAAGAGUGAGCUGCACAAGUUUAAGAUAAAGAUCAUGAGCGAACUGGUCAGCAAUGGUGUGCAGAUCUAUCAGUUCCCCACAGACGACGAAGCAGUGGCUGAGAUCAACUCUGUGAUGAAUGCUCAUCUGCCCUUUGCUGUGGUUGGCAGCACAGAAGAGGUGAAGGUGGGGAACAAGCUGGUGAGAGCUCGGCAGUACCCGUGGGGAGUGGUGCAAGUUGAGAAUGAAAGUCACUGUGACUUUGUGAAGCUGCGGGAGAUGCUGAUCCGAGUAAACAUGGAAGACCUUAGAGAGCAGACUCACACACGCCACUAUGAGCUGUACAGGCGCUGCAAACUGGAGGAGAUGGGCUUCAAGGACACAGACCCAGACAGCCAGCCCUUCAGCCUGCAAGAAACAUACGAGACCAAAAGGAAAGAAUUCUUGGGUGAGCUCCAGAAGAAAGAGGAAGAAAUGAGACAAAUGUUUGUUAACAAAGUCAAGGAGACGGAGGCAGAGCUGAAGGAGAAGGAGAGAGAGCUGCAUGAGAAGUUUGAGCACCUGAAAAGGGUACACCAGGAGGAGAAAAGGAAGGUGGAGGAGAAGAGGAGAGAGCUGGAGGAUGAGAUGAAUGCCUUCAACAGGCGGAAAGUAGCGGUGGAAACCUUGCAGUCCCAUUCCUUGCAGGCUACCUCACAGCAGCCGCUGAAGAAGGACAAAGACAGGAAAAAUUAAUCACACACAGACUUUCAGGCCAAGAGUGGACUUGGUGCUUUCAUGUGUUAAGUUGCUUGAGUUCCCCACCCUGUGACCCUUCUCAUAACAUUGUGUGCGUGGACCAAAGCGAAAGAGACCACGAGCAUCUUCGGUUGUUGCCGUGUGAUCUGUGCUGUGUUUGAGGACGUAACCUUACUGUGUAAAUGCUUCUAAACAACAUCAACUCAUCCCCAAAGCGAGACGUCCUGUCCUAAGCCCAGCAGCUGUAUGUCAGGUGUCCGCAGCAGCUGGCCUGAGCUCCCCUUACCCAGCAGCUGAAUGCUUGCUUCCUGGAUUUCAUAUGAUUGUCAUUGGUUAUGGGGACUGUUUGAGCCAUUGCUUCAUUGCUUCUCUCCCUCUGAAGGUGCUCAGAUGUGAGGAGUGCUGUGAAGGAUGCAGAAACGUUUAUUUUUCUAACAAAAUCCUUGAUUUGAAUAAGUUUAGAACAGGAGCAAAGCUCAGAGCUCAGAACCUCUGCCCUGGGAACCUUGUCCAAGUCACCCCUUUUCCCCUAAUUAUAUAUUUUAAUCCUGAAUUUCUCUAUAAACAUAUUCUUCAUCGUUUAUAAUAUAUAUACAUAUAUAUAUAAAUAUAUAUAUAUAGAAAGAGAGAGUGGUUAAUAAAACUCAUGGGACAAUGUUUUGAAUUUCCUUUACCGCUGAAGUUAGAAUUUCUAUGUAAAAGGGUUUUCCAUAUGAUUGUGGUGUGUCCUGGAGCUACAGGAGCUGUGUCACUUCUCACUUAGCAGCACAAUUCACUGCCAUGGAAAAACUAUUGAAGCAGCCAUCUUUCCUUUGAGGCUGUUAAAAAGAAAGUAGCCAUAAGCACACACAUGCUGAGGAGGUUCCUGACCGUGAGCUGUGCUGCAUUUAUGCCGCUCUGCUCUAUCUCAUUGCUUUGUGAUAGGCAGAGCGCAGCUGCACAGAGGCACACAGCAAUGUUCUCAUGGAAAAAGGGUCGGGCCCAAUUCCAUCAGACAGCAGGUGGGACAGCUAUUAAAUGUCAGCCCUGCAAUGUCCUUGGAGUUCCAGCAAACACUGGCUGUGGCUGAGCGUUAGGUGGGAGUGUCUGCAUUGCUAUUUAGGCAUGAAUGUUCAAGGAUUUCUCUCGCUAUUUUUCCUUAGAGCUCCAUCCUUACGCUGAGCUUUGGCUCGGAGGUGCAGGUCUGUCUGUAGGACACGGUGCUGGAUGAGGUUCAUUGCGUAUCCCACUGAAGCAGCUCUUUCAUUUGUCCUAAAUGCAAACUCAGGUGUGAAACUGUUUUCAUACAGACCUUGUCCCUCUCUGUGGGUGCGCUGCUGUCCUGUUAGUGUGACUUGAUCUGAAGGAACCUCACACAGUCCCCCAGUCCCUCUGGAAUGGACCACAUGCAGAGAUGCACACAGGCUGAUCAGCUGGUGGCUGAGUGCGGGGCUGCCCAGGCUGUGCCUCUGUGAUGUACUUUGUAGAGUAACCAUCAUAUUAAGAGAGGUGAUGUGUUUUUUUUCUAAGGGAACAUACUAAGAACACAACCAAUUGUUGCAUACAGGAGGACAGCUCCAGCUCACUGUUGACUCAGUUCAGUUGUGCAGCAAAUUAGGGGCACAAUUUGAUUAUUGCUGGUGAGAGAAGUGUGCUAAUUACCUGUAUGAGCAGGGCCGUGCUGGAGCAGUUCUGCUUCUCAGGGUCAAUGCUCCUGAGAGCUGGAACAGAGCUCUGACUACACUGCAAAACUCACCAUGGCUUUUCCACUCAAUAUUUUUUUCCUAUCUCGUGCUGCAGCCAAUAAGAUGUAUACAAAUGAUUUCUUUCUGCCCUGGCUCAGCAGGAAUCCAUCCUUGCUCCCAGGAUAAGGGAUAGUUAGGGAAAUGACGAUAGCGAUAGAAGAGUAGGAGCCUGCUGACCCAUGGCAGUGUGGAGAAAUCCCAGCUUUCCCUGCAGAAGACGUUCAGAAUGUACAUAGUGAUAUGUUGAUGAUGAUUCUGUAUACACUGACAUUACUGUGACAGACAUCCCUUUCCUCACAGCUGUCUGUUGACCUCAGGUCCAUCUGCUCUUUGGGGCAGUCACCAUCGGAGUCUUGCAGCAGAGCUCAGUUUUUGCUCUCUCGCUCUCAAAGUACGUGGUUUUCCCUUUUUGGCUGAGACAGGAUUUAAACACACGGCACAUAGAGUGCUUCUGUGUCUUAUUGAACAAGUUGCGAGUGCGUUGCAAUGCUGAUCUCACAGCAGCCCAAAGCUUCCCUUCCUGCAGCAGAGCACGUGGCAGGACCACCCUCCAGGACUGGAGCCAUUCAGUUACACUUCUUUCAGCCAUCUCAUCCAUCUGUCCCUACCACAUUGGCAUUAAUGGGGUAAAAACGUGUCUGUUGUUGUUUAAACUUUCACCAUCCACAUCGUGUACUUCCUAAGCUGAGAGGUGCCGUGUCUGCUCACAGUGCAGGAGGGCUGAGCUCAGAGCAGGGAGGGGACUCAGUGCACUCCGAGCACUUGCAGCCAUUUGCUUUGCCAUUCCAAAUGUGUUGGGUGAUUUUGCCAUUUUUUUUGGUUGUUUUUUUUGCUCACUUUUGGUUGCUCACUUUGUAAUUUUUUUUUCCCUUUAUUAAAUCUCACGUGUAUUUUGA